AUGGAGAAAGUUUCAUGGCCACUCCAGGACCACAACCCCACCUUGCAGCCCCCUCCCCAAGCCCAGCUCCUGAUGAGUAACAGCAGUGUCCGCACAUUCGAGGACCAGGUCCUCUGUCCCAUUUGCCUGGAGGUGUUCCGUAACCCAGUCACCACCGCCUGCGGGCACAACUUCUGCAUGACCUGCCUCCAAGGUUUCUGGGACUACCAGGCUACUGCGGGCGAGACCCUCUACUGCCCCCAGUGCCGAGAGAGCUUCCCAUCCAGACCCCGCCUCUGCAAGAAUGUCAUCCUGGAGGAGAUGGUGACCUGCUUCACCCAGGCCAAGGACCAGACCUUGGGGUCCUCACAGAUCCUGGCCGGGCCUCGGGACGUGCCCUGCGACUUCUGUUCACCCCAGAAGCUCAAGUCAGUAAAGUCGUGUCUGCAGUGCAUGGCCUCUCUGUGCGAGAAGCACCUGCGCAGCCACUUCGAGGACCAGGUGUUCCAGGACCACCAGCUGCUGGAGCCCGUGUGGGACCUCAAGAGCCGCCUGUGCCGGAAGCACCGCAAGCUGCGGCGGCUGUACUGUCGCACGGAAGGCUGCUGCGUGUGCGGGGCCUGUCUGCUGGAGGAGCACAAGAACCACGACACCAUCCCCCUGGAGGAGGAGCGUGCCCGCAAGGAGUUGGAGGUUCGGAAGGUCCAGGCCAAUGUGGAAAACCAGAUGCUGAUCAUCAACUCUGACAGCCAGAAGCACCGAGGGCAGGUGGCCUUUCUCUCGAAAUUGAUCCAGACAACACGUGAUGAGGUGAACACCUGCUUCUCAGAGAUCAUCCAGGAGGUCAAACAGCUGCAGAUGAAGGUCUUGGAUUUUGUGGAGAAAGAGGAGGCGGCCGCUCUGGGGAAGCUGGGCAGCUCCAUCCAGCAGAGCCACAACCGGCUCCUGAAGCUGGAAGGGGACAGCAUCUGGCUCCGCACCCUGCUUGCCAACAGGAGUGACCAGCAAUUUCUGCAGGAGUUCCCCAGGCUGAAGCACUUCCCUGCCUGCAUGGAACCCCUGAUGGGAACCAACUGUGAGGAGAAACAGACCUUCCUCCAGUUGCCAGAGACUCUGGCGGAGCUCCGGACCCGGCUGAUGGACGUGGGUCUCAGCUUCAUCAAUCAGCUUCUCCUGAAGGGCAUUAAGAUGAACUCCUAUGAGGUGCUGCCCCCAGCUGUGGACAGGAAAAUACUUCUCAAAUGUUACUGCAACCUCAACUUUGACCCCACCACGGCCAGCGAGGAGCUGUUCCUGUUCAAGGAGACCCACUCGGUGCUGAACCUGGGCAUCCUCCUGGAGCCCCUCGGCGCGGGCGGCCCCGUCCCGGGCUUCAGGCAGUGGCCGCAGGUGCUGUGCUCGCGCGGCCUGUCCGAGGGCUGCCACUACUGGGAGGCCGACGUGUCCAACUCGUGGGUGUGCCUGGGCCUCACCUACCGCCGCAGCCCCCCGCUCGGCGGCCGCCCGCGCCGCAGCACCGUCUACCUGCUGGGCCGCAACCCCUACUCGUGGUGCCUGGAGUGGGACUCGCUCAGGUUCUCCGUGUGGCACGACAACGCGCAGACGGUGCUGCACGGCGGCUACCACCGCACGCUCGGGGUGGCGCUCGACUGCGGCGCGGGCUGCUUGUCCUUCUACGGCGUGGCGGGCGGCCUGAGCCUGCUCUACCGCUUCCUCGGCUCCUUCCUGGAGCCGCUCUACCCCGCGGUCAUGGUCAGCAGCGGCGCCUCGGUCUCGCUCAAGCAGCGCCCGGAGGCGGAGGCCUAG